GGAAAGUUCCCGGGAGGGAAGCCAAGAAGACAAAGGUUCCGUUGGAAGUUCGUUCACACGUUUUCAAACUAUAGUGGCAAAAUUAUUCUCACCGGGAAGAAUUUACCUAGCAGGAGGUGCGAGCUGAAAAGGCCGAACGGAAAACCAGUAAUCACUGUGAUUUUUUUGCACAUGCGUACCGUGGCCCGCCCUGCUGGCUCCAGCGUGGAUAUAAUAAGAAGCCAACACCCUCCAAAAAAAUCCUUUUCCUUCUCGGGGCGAAAUUUUAUUUUUAUGUUUUGGGUAGGUGCAGGGCCCGACUCGCUGCAUUGAGGUAUGGCGCGGCGAAUGGAGAGCAUAAAUGAUCUGAUAGAGGAAGCCAAGGCCAGAACCCUCGUAUGGAUUAUCUGCGUUAUCGCUCUCGCCUACCUCUUAUCCCUGACAAGUAAUUUGGUCUGGUUAAAUGUUCCAAUAUCAUUCAUCAUUAUUGUAUUAUUUCGAUACCUCUCCCUUGAGCUGGAAAUUCGUAGGAGGACUCCAUUGAUUUCUCAACCGUCAUAUCUUUCUCAUCUCAAACAGAGGCAGUUGUCUCCUCAUGAUCCACUUCUCUUUCCUGCACGGGUCUCUAUGAGGUGGAAGAGGAAGAUUGACUCACCAGUUGUUCAAGCAGCAGUGGAUGAUUUUACCCAGAAGAUUGUGCAAGAGUUUGUCACAGAUCUGUGGUAUUCUUCAAUUACUCCUGACCAUGAGGUUCCAGAGCAGAUCAAAUUUCUUAUAAAUGAUGUAUUUGGGGAGAUAUCCCAGAGGAUUAAACGUAUCAAUCUGAUUGAUUUACUGACCAGGGACAUGGUGGAUUUGAUUGGGAGUCAUAUAGAACUCUUUAGGAAAAAUCAAGCUUCCAUUGGAAGAGAUGUUAUGCGUACUCUCUCAUCUGAAGAAAGGGAUGAAAGAUUGAAACAAUGUUUAUCGGCUACAAAGGAAUUGCACCCUGCUUUAGUCUCUCCAGAGAAUGAGUACAAGGUUCUUAGGCAGUUAAUGGCCGGAGUAGUGGCAAUUGUCUUAAGACCUCAGGAAGCUCAGUGUCCUCUUGUUCGAUGCCUUGCCCGAGAACUUCUAGCAUGUGCUGUUAUGCAGCCAGUUAUGAAUUUUGCAAGCCCAGGGUUCAUAAAUGAGGUUAUUGAAUUUGUUGUGCUUUCAACAAAAGAAUCAGAGGGCAAGAAUCCAUACAGAAAGGAAUCAGCUAGUUCAUCUGAUAGCAAGUCAUCCAAAGGAGUUGCGAGUCAAAAUAUCUCAAAAGAUUUACAAGUUAGUGGUCCAGGAUUAAAUGAAGCUGUUGAGAGUAAAGCAUUUGCAAAGGAAAGAAAUUCAGUCCAAAGCAUUGAUCAUGGAGUAGGAGUAAGCUCAUCCCAUUGUGACAGCCAUUCAGAUUUUCAAAUCAAAACUGCAAGUUAUUUACAUUCUCGACCUGCAGAUUGGGCACAGACAUUAGAUGCUGUUAGACAAAGAAGAACUCAGGUUCUUGCUCCUGAAAACCUAGACAAUCUUUGGACUAAAGGUCGAAACUAUAGAAAAAAAGAUAUUGAUAUAGCUCAUGUGAAAUCAGGGCCUUCUGUAAAAUUAUUGGUUCCUAGACAAGAUAUAGAAGGUACUACGAAGCAGGAAGAUGUUAUGCAGGUUCAGGAAUCCAUUCCAUGGGGAGAAACAUGGAAGUCUACCACAACAGAAAUACUUGGGACAACAGAGUUCAUGAAGAAAAGCAUUGAGAAAAUGGCAUUGGAAUCAAGUUUUGAUAAUAGCCCAGACAUUGGUGGAAAAGAAAAUCAAAAUGUAGAUGGUAGGAAAAAUGUCAGUCAUCAAACAUUGCUAGAGAAAGAUAGAAUUUCAAGAAAGCAAGAAGAGAAUACAAGGCACAAAAUCCAGACACUUAAGAUCCACAAUAAGCAAUCCAAGAGUGGUGGAAGUCCAUCAGAUGCUUGGCAAAGUGUAGAUACGCCAUGCUUACCAGAUGGUGGAGAAGCUUGGGAGUCAAAGAAAUUACAAGGUUUGAAACUAGGUGAAGCUAAUAACUGCAAUUAUUCUGAAAGUUCAUCUACAGAUUUAUGUCCACAGACAGGAAAUAAACAUGUUUCCAAGCUGAAAUGCUGGGUCCUGGGUGCCCAUUUUGAGAAGGUUGGGUCUAAAUCUUUUGCUGUUUAUUCCAUUGCCGUGACAAAUUCAGAAAAUCAAACGUGGUUUGUUGACAGAAGGUAUCGUAACUUUGAGCAAUUGCACCGCCGUCUGCGAGAUAUACCAAAUUACACACUUCAUUUACCUCCAAAACGUUUUCUUUCUUCAAGCCUUGACGAUUAUUUUGUUCAACAACGAUGCAUUCUCCUAGACAAGUACUUAAAAGAUAUAUUGUCCAUUCCAAAUGUUGCUGAACAACAUGAAGUAUGGGACUUUCUGAGUGCCACUUCAAAGACUUAUUCUUGUGGGAAGACUCCUUCAGUAAUCAAAACUUUGGCUGUCAAUGUAGAUGAUGCUAUGGAUGACAUAGUCCGCCAACUUAAAGAUGUUUCUGAUGGUCUUCGACGUAAAGUUGUCGGUGCCUCACCAUCAGCCGAGGGGAUUUGUACAACAUCAAGGGACCAUCAAUUUUUGAAGUUGCCAUUGAUAUCUGAGGAUGCUAGAAUGAAUGGUUCAAAUAGUGCUAGUAUAGAUAGAUCCCAAAGUAUUUCUGAAGACGAGGAAGGUGUAGGUGAGAGCAUUGUACAUGAAUAUGGUGAUUUACUUACAGUACGUGAUGGAUGGCACUCAGAUGGUGAAAUACAGCUUGAACCUUUUCCUCCUAAAAUACUGGUGAGAUCUACUGGAGAAGUACGGGGUCAUGAUAUAGAGAGGAUUCAACAGUCUGAAAGAAAGUUUGAAAGGUUUGGUUCAGAUGGGUGUUCUACAAUUGACUCAUUGACUGGGUCUGACAUUGUUGAUAAUGAAGGUGGAGAACCACUUGAGUGGACCCCACCAAAGCUAACUGUUCCAUUGCUGAAUUUAGUGGAUAAGAUUUUUCAGCUAAAACGAAGGGGUUGGGUGAGGCGACAAGUAUUUUGGAUUUCAAAGCAAAUAUUGCAGUUGGCUAUGGAAGAUGCAAUUGAUGACUGGUUAUUGAGACAAAUUGAAUGGCUUAGGAGAGAUGAUGUCAUUGCUCUGGGUGUUAGAUGGAUCCAAGAUGUUCUUUGGCCUAAUGGCGUUUUCAUCUCUAAAAUCAUUGAUUCCCAAGAAACGGACUUCUACCAUGUGAGACAAGCCGCUACUCCACGAAGCAGCCAUAUUAAGAUCUCAGCACCACUGUCUUUUGAGCAGCAACUUGAAAUGGCUCGUAGAGCUAGAUUUGUUCAUGACACCCUUCUUGGAGGAGCACCAUCAACUCUAGUAAGCUUAAUUGGUGGGAAGCAGUAUCGCCGUUGUGCCAGAGACAUAUUUUUCUUUCUUCAAUCCAGCGUAUGUGUGAAACAGCUUGCAUACAGCCUUUUGGAAUUGUUGUUGAUUACCAUCUUUCCUGAGUUGCAUGAUGUUGUUCUUGAAAUACAUGGAAGCACACAUCGCUGAGUAUAAAAUGAUGCAUACCAAGAAUGAACUUAGCCAUCUUGGAAUUCCAUUACCAGUGUCAGCUUCCCUUUGUAACGUUUGUUCUCUGAAUCUACAUUUCAUCCUUAACCUGCGAUGAGAUUUAAUUGGGAAAAAGGAGAUGUAGAAAAUUUAUUAUAUUUCGUCAGGAUGGCAUCUAAACAGUUCCUUAAGCAAAAGAAAAUUCUCCUAGGCAACAUUUAGUCUGGAAGGCCAGGAAAGCAUUUUUUUCAACCAAGGGAAAUCCCCUUUCACUUAACGGAUAUUGGUAUUUUUAAUUAUCAUAUCUCAGCUCUUCAUAUUCAGAGGGAAUGACGAACAUGUCCAAUCUCAGUCCAUGUAGCAAGCAACAUAUUCUCCUAAUUUGCAUCCUCCUCUCUCUGGCACUAACAUUGUUGGCAGUUUUGGUGUCAUGCCUUGUGGGCUCUUUCUAGCUUGUGGUUGUUGCCUGUGUUCUGUAAUCUUAAAGUUCACCACAGUGGCAUAUCCCUGAAAUGGGAUUUCAUUCCAUGUUCAUUCUUUUAGAAACUUGGAGGAGUUUUUGGGUGCCCUCCAAACUUCAAUUUUAAAUUCAAAUGCUGAAACAAAUAACAUGCCAUGUUUGGUCUUUGAGGAUGCAUAUUUGGAGCAGGAACCAAGAGCACCAUCCAGAGUUUUGGGAUCAACUGGCAUAUCCAACACCCAAAUAUCACUGUCACAAGAUCAAGUUUUUAGUGGAGGCUAUGUAUAGUUUUGGGUUGCAGUUCAGUUUAGUUGUGAUGAUAUCGCAUGUAUUUAACUCAUCUAAUCCUUUUCAGUGGUGGGAAAUUAUGCAUCUCUAUAGGGAGCCCAUUGAUUUGCAUUUUCCAGGAUGCCAGCAGCCUUGCAAUUAGAUUGGAGGCAAUAUUUGUUUAGGAACAAUUUACAGUAUUUUUGUAUACUGUUAAAUUGUUAAUUAAGUAUAGUAUAGAGAGUUAUGUUGCCAGCUGGUGAUUUCUUUUGAGGUGAAGGAUAUAUGUUGAAGAUCGCACAAGCAGUGUUGUAUAGUGUAUAUACUAAUAUAGUGUAUUUAUUUCCAUUUGAUUUAUGUAAUAUGGUGGCAGCCUUAUUUGAUGUGUAA